AUGCCGUCCGUCCUGAAUUCUAGUACUGCUGAUAGCUUGGCAUCUCCAAAGUCUAUGGCUGAGGGGGAGCUGGGGCAGCUGGACUCCUCUCGCCUUAAAACGGCGUCACAUAUCCUGAGCAUCAUAUCAAGGUAUAAGCUCACAAAGGGUGUCCCACUGGCAAAAACUAGUGAUGGGGUCAAUUUUCUCGCCCAGAUCUACUCCAAUGUCGCAGCUAAUGAGGUUAUCCUCAUGUGCCUACCUGCGUUCCCUUUCAAGUCGCCGAAUACAAGUACAAAGGUCCUUGGUCGCCUUCCCGACAAGGCAGAGGAAUUCGCCCUCGCACACCUUAACGGUCUCUGCGCUGCGAUAGGAGAUAUCUACGCUUCUGGUGCGAAACUGAUGAUCGUUUCGGAUGGACUUGUAUACAAUGACCUUUUAGGUGUCCCAGAUAGGGACGUAUGGGCAUAUGGCGAGGCUCUGCGAGCUUUGAGAGCAAGAAAGGACUUCCGCCAUAUCGAAUUCUGUCGACUUAAGGACAUAGUACACAUCGACGUGCCUAAUGAACUAGACGAGAUUAGAUACGUCGCCAACGCCACCAAUUUCCGCCAUGCCCUUCUAAAGCAAUUCGGUAACCCCGAAUACAACGUCUCCCUCAGGAUAUCGGAGGAUGAAGAUACGUGCUUAACAUAUAGGGGCUACAUCAAAUUCCUAGAGACCGAUCUCCAAAAUGUAUAUCCAAUAGGUGAAGGGCGGAGCAAGUCAAAGUACAAGAGGGGAGUCGAGUAUAUCGCGAAGCAGAUGCUCAUGAGAGGCGAUGCCUUCGCUCGAGCGGUUCGGGAAAGAUUCCCCGAUCGACUAAGACUUUCUAUUCAUGCGUCGACGGGAGAAAACAAAAUUUCCGUCAACCUUCUACCAACAGAUACGACAUUCACAACACCUUGGCACUGUACUAUUGCAAUCCGUCUCGACGGUACUACCAUCACAGGCCACCGAUCCGAAUUCGAGGCCGACGACAACUUCGAGCUCGUAUAUAAAGACGGCCGACCCAGUUACUUCCGAGAGAAGAGUGACCUAUUGUCAUGGGCUACCGAAAAGGGGGGUAUUAUCUGCGAACCCUUAUAUCCUGCCGGUCUUGUUAUCUACCCUGCUGCAGGCCGAGGUUCCUUAUCCAUAAGGGACAUAGAUGCGGCCAAGGUCCGAGCACUUUCUCAGGUCAAUUCUCCCAUCAUACUUCGUGGCUUCUCCAAGACAAGAAAUCGAGAUUUGUUUGUAGAUAAGGCUAAGGAAUUUGGUGUGCCGACACCAUGGAAGUUUGGCCUAGUCCUCGAGGUCAAGGAUCGUGGCACGGAUACCCGCGGCUUAAAUAAUGUUCUGUCAGCCGAGUGGAUGCCAUUCCACUAUGAUGGUUUAUUCAAGACGGAAAAGAGAGUGAGGGAAGACGGAACCGAAGAAUUAGUGUCUACACCACCGCUGUUCCAAUUCUUCACGGCCGUCACAGCAUCACCAAAAGACACAGGGUUCACACUCUUUUCAUCAUCCACGCUAUUAUUUAAAUAUCUCCCGUCGAACCUACCACUCUCAACGCUCAGACACCUGACUUGGACCGUGUCCACGUCGUCCUUCAACUCCACAGUUAUCCGCGGCUUACCCCUGGUUAUCAAUCACCCAUCAACUGCACGUCCAUGUCUACGCUUCCACGAACCGUGGCCACAAUCCAAAACAAGGUUUGAAGCUACGAAUGUCACUAUUGACAAUGACGCGACUCGCGGUGUGGAUGGUCCAAGCGUAUGCGACGCGCUUACUAGUUUGUUACACGACCGUCGCGUUGCGUAUUACCACGCGUGGGAGAAGGGCGAUCUACUAGUGAACGAUAAUAUCUUAGCAAUGCACACGCGCAGUGACUUCACGGCGGGAUGUGAUCGGGAACUCUGGAGAAUACACUUUGAUUAG